AUGAAAUUUGCUUGGUCCUUCAUUGCGUCUUUUCAUCCGGGAGAUUUUCUGGCCUUGGGGGACAUCAAAGAUGCUCACUUGUACAUCCCUAUCUUUCCAGCUCACCAAUGCCACCUGUAUUUUGCUGUGGGCAUACAGCUUUUUCAAUUUGUUGUCCUUUCCUUCGGCCUGUCCACUGCAUCUCAGGUUCAUGCUCCUGUUUUUGCUCUGCUGCAAUCCCAGGCGAUUCCCACUGUGGGAUAUCUGGAUGACCUCCUGCUGAGGGAGCAAUUAGUUCACAUGCUGUCAGCCAAUGUCCAACAGAUGGCCUUUGAUGUGGCAGAGCGAGAACUGGGCAUACCGACAUUGCUUGACCCAGAUGACAUGGUAUCCAUGAAAGUGCCAGAUCGUCUUAGCAUUAUGACCUAUGUAUCUCAGUAUUACAACUUUUUUCGCAAAUCCAACCCAGCUGGAGUUCCUCAGUUCAAACAGACCUUUCCACUGCAGCAAGGACAGAGUCAAGUUACACAACCUCAGGGUAGUCUGGAUUCCACAAGUACAGCCACUCGUGUGGCACUGAGCAGCACCUGUGCCUUAUGCCAGCAACAUGUGCACCUUGUACAGAGAUGCUUAGUAGACGGAAAGCUGUAUCAUCGGCAGUGUUUCAGGUGUAAAGAGUGCUCCAGCACUCUGCUUCCCGGUUCGUAUCGACCUGGUGCUGAGACUGGCACGUUUGUGUGUACCCACCAUAAUCGACCUCGACCAGGUACCAUCAGUCCCGAGUCUGCAGAAGAAGAUUCUGUACAAAAUGCAGUCCAAAGCCCUCCCAAACCACGCGUUCCUCCAAAGCCUCCACUUCCGAACAAACCUCAAAAAGAACCUGAUGCAGAUAGUGUACCAGACACACGACCAGUGCCAGCACCAAGGAAGUCAAGUGAAGUAGCACCUCUGCCUCUGCCUCGAGCUCGAUCAGGAGCAGGGCAGAGCCCCGCACGACCAACAAGUCUUGUGAACGGUGAGCAGCAGCAGAUGUCAACCCCACCAGUCCCUAAGCCUAGAGGCAGACAGAGGUCUUCAGAAAGAGAGGAGGAUGGAAAACGUUCUAAAGACCCUCCUUGGAUUUCCUUGGUGGCAGCAAGUGAGCCUAAAAAAAGGGCUGCCCCACCACCUCCAUCUGUGUUACAGAAUGAAGAUGAUGCAGAAAAGAGCUCCAAAGCAGCAGAAGAAGCAGCUAUUGAUAGCCCCUCUAAGCCCAAGCACUACAAUCCAUUUGAAGACGAAGAGGAACAGGAGUCAGACGAGAAUAAUCUAAAGCCAAACCAUCCGUGGUAUGGAUUUACCCCAACCAGCAGCCCUAAAGCAAGAAAAAGACCAGCACCCAAAGCCCCAAAUGCUUCCCCUCUGGCCCAUCACUCAAGUUGUCUGGCUUCCCGUCUGUCUCAUUCAGAGCCUCCAUCUGGCAGCCCAUCACCCGCUCUAAGUACAGAAAGUCUUCCCACAGAAUCCUCCACGAAGGGUCAUGAAUCGGAAAACGUUCCUAAAAGCUCCUCAGAACCAACCAUUCACUCCCCAACCACAUCAGGACGAUCAGAUGUGGAGAACACAAACUAUAUCAACCAUUCUACAGCCAGUAGCCAUGAUGCUAGUGUUCUGUCCACUAAUACCAGCCUCUCCUCAUCCAGUGACUUAGCCAAUACAAGUGAAGUGCAGGGAAGUCUUUCCCCAGAGAAGAAAGACUCAUCUUCUGACAGUCUACAGAUCAAUCCCAGCCAUCAAGCUCCAUGUCCACCUGAUCCAUCUGCAAUGACCCCUUCUCCAGAAGCUAAACAGCCAGUAAAGCCUACAUGCAAAGAGAACCCCUUCAAUAGAAAGCCUUCCCCAAUUACUUCCCCUACCAAUAGAAAAAGUAACAAAGGACCAAAAACUGCACAUCGACCUGCACCAGGACACGGAUUUCCUCUUAUUAAACGCAAGGUUCAGGCUGAUGACUACAUCCCAGAACAUGAGAUUCAAAUGGAAAUGGAGGAGAUUGAGCUGCGUCUGGAUGAGCUAGAAAGACGUGGGGUAGAACUUGAACACAAACUACGAAGGAUGGAGGAUGAUUCAGAAGAGGACCGUUUGUUGGUAGACUGGUUCAAGCUGAUUCAGGAGAAGCAUGCUCUUGUGAGAAGGGAGUCUGAGCUUGUAUACACGACCAAACAGCAAGACUUAGAGCAGCGUCAGGCAGAUGUAGAGUAUGAGCUUCGCUGUCUCCUCAAUAAACCAGAGAAAGACUGGCUGGAUGAGGAUAAGCAGAGGGAGCAGGUACUAAUGCAAGAACUGGUGACACUCAUUGAGCAGAGAAAUGCCAUAGUAAAGUGCAUGGACGAAGACAAGCAAAGGGAGGAAGAAGAAGAUAAAUUAAUAGAAGCCAUGAUCCAAAAGAAAGAUUUUCAUGCACAUCCUCAAAAGAAGAAGAAAGGAAAACUCAAACCAAUGAAAGUUCUUAAAUUGCUUUCUCCUAAAGAUGCAAAAUCUAAGAGCCCAAAGGACAAAAAAGAGAAAGGAGAAGGGGCUCAGAGGUAGAUCAGGAAUGAAAAGGAAGGGAAGACAAGCCAAUUGGACCAUAUCUUUGCCGUGCCUUCCCUUGCAGUGCAGACUAAGCUAACAAUCUCCCUGUACAAAGCACAGCAGACUCCUAAUAUCACAUGAACUGCAGUCCAUAAAGCGGCAGAUGAGUGCAGAUUCUAAUGUUUCUGAAUAGAAAUGCAUCCAGGUAACUUC